AUGGCUUUCGGGUUCGGGUCAUCCGACGAUGUAUCCGGUUUCAAAUUCCUCUUCCUCAUGGCGCUCAUCUACGGUCUCAUCUCGAUGCUUACGUAUUCCGUUAUCCACAUGAAGUUCGUUAAUCCUCUCCUUGUCGACGCCCCUCUCGAUCGGUUUUCUGAAGCCAGAGCCGUCGAACAUGUCAGAAUGUUGUCUCAAGAGAUCGAUGGCCGCCAUGAAGGGCGACCUGGUUUGAAAAAAGCUGCUCUAUACAUUAAGAGUGAGUUGGAAUUAAUAAAGGACAGAGCUACCUCUAAUGUCAGAAUUGAGAUUGAAGAGAGCACUGUCAGUGGAUCCUUCAAUAUGAACUUUUUGCGUCACCAUAUAGCAUUGGGAUACAGAAACCAUACUAAUAUUCUUAUGAGGAUAUCAUCUAUAGACUCCAAAGAUACUGAUCCUUCGGUUUUAGUGAAUGCACAUUUUGAUAGUCCGCUUGGUUCCCCUGGUGCUGGUGAUUGUGGUUCAUGUGUUGCGUCAAUGCUGGAAAUUGCAAGACUAAUCGUGGACUCUGGUUCGGCUCUGCGCCGCCCUGUUAUUUUCCUUUUUAACGGUGCGGAGGAACUUUUUAUGUUGGGUUCACAUGGGUUCAUGAAGACAAAUAAGUGGCGCGACACAAUAGGAGCUUUUAUAAACGUCGAGGCAUCUGGGACUGGAGGGCCGGAUUUAGUAUGUCAAUCUGGACCGAGUUCUUGGCCUUCUAAUAUCUACGCCGAAGCAGCAAUGUACCCUAUGGCUACUAGUGCAGCUCAGGAUGUUUUUCCUAUUAUUCCUGGAGAUACAGAUUAUAGGAUAUUUUCUGAAGAUUAUGGCGAUAUUCCCGGGCUUGACAUUAUCUUCCUCCUUGGUGGUUAUUUUUAUCAUACCUCCUAUGAUACAUUGGAACAAUUCUUACCUGGAAGCAUCCAAGCACGCGGAGAAAAUUUGUUCCGUAUAAUCAAGGCUUUUACUAAUUCUUCCAAGCUACAAAACAAAUAUCAAACAAAUUAUAGUGAAGUUAGAGCUAGCUUAUUCAACGAAGAGCGGGCUGUAUUCUUUGAUUAUCUCUCAUGGUUUAUGAUAUUUUAUUCCAAAAGGGUUGCUAAAGUUCUUCACAGCAUUCCUAUCUUCUUAUUCCUUGUAAUGUCUUUUUCGCGUGGUCAGCCUCAUUCUUGGUUCGCAACUUUGUGUGAUUUUGUGAAAGGAUUUGUGUUCCAUGCAUUUGGGAUGAUAUUGGCAGUUGUUGUGCCUGUUGCGUUUUCUUUGCUGAGAUUACUGUUCUCGUCUCAAACAAUGAAUUGGUUUGCUCAUCCAUUCUUGGCAUUCAUGAUGUUUAUACCUUGCGGACUUGUUGGUCUUAUUAUUCCAAGAAUACUCUGGAGAAGCUUUCCUCUUUCUCAAGAUGCUGUAAUUGUCAAGAGAUCAAAAGAGGCACUAUCUGAUGAAGCAAGGUUUUGGGGAGCAUUUGGGUUCUAUGCCGUAUUAACUUUGGCUUAUCUUACAGCUGGGCUGAGCGGAGGUUUCGUGACUUUUUUUGCAUCUGCUUCUAUGCUUCCUUCAUGGAUAUCCUUCUGCUUAUCAGUCAAAUCAUUCGGACGACGUUCAUUCAGGUCAACAAUGUUUUACAUAUUGCCUCUAGUUCCAUGCCUUGCAUACGCCGUUUAUUUUGGCGGCUUUCUUGCUCAGUUUUUGAUAGAGAAGAUGGGCAUGAUGGGUUCUCUUCCUCUACCAUAUGGGCACUAUGUUCCCGAUAUUAUCGUGGCUGCAGUAAUUGGACUCGUAACUGGUUGGUCUGUUGGCCCUCUAAUACCCAUCUGUGGUCAUUGGUUAGCAAGGUCAUCAAUUGUGCGAUUUCUGUUGCAUCUCAGCGUGCUUGCUUUGGCGUUAUCAUCUCAGUUCUUUCCUUACUCCAUGUCUGCUCCUAAGAGAAUUGUUUUUCAGCAUACUUUCCGAACUGCAGGCUCGAGUCAGAUAACGGAAUCCACUUAUGAUUUUUCUGUACUAGAUUCUAAUUCUUUACUAUUCAUAUUCAAACACUCGCCUGAAGCAGCUGAGAUAUUGAAUGUUACUUCAAAGUUUUCAUUUGAAUCCGCAUCACGGUCUAACCGCCAUGAUUGGAUGGUACUUUUUCCAGUUUCUUCUCUCUUUUCAAAUAGUCUGAAAUUCCCCGCAAACGAUGAUGAUAUUUUGAAGCAGUAUCAAUUCUUUCCCACAUUGUUUGUUCAAAAUACAUCUUCAAAUUCUGAAAAGGGACAUAGAAGAGUUCACUUGGAUCUUUAUUUAGGUUCGUUAGAAGAAAUCUGGGUUACCGUUCUUAACAUCACUGGUCCAUUAUCCAGUUGGUCAUUUGCAGAUAAUGUGCUUCCAGGAACCGAAGCGUAUGGCGGAGGUCCACCAUCAUAUAUACUGCGUCUUAGCGGGCCAAGCGACAGGAACUGGUCUUUCUGGUUAGAGGCUAACAGUUCUGAAGCAUUGAGAGUGGAAGUUUCAGUUUUGGACCAAAAGUUGGUUGAUCCUGCAAAGAGAUUAAAGAGUGUUUUCCCAAAAUGGGUUGAUGUAGUUGCUUAUUCUAGUUUCAUUUCUAGCUAUACCUUUUAA